CAGAAAAUGACGGCCCCAGGGUCACUACCUCCAGACGCCGAAUAUGGUGCCAUCCCCUUCGACUUAUUCGCGCUGGAUCACUGGGACUACUCUCUGCCGCCCGAGGAGGACGAACAGCAGUGGAACAACCUUGUCCAAAAGUACCUCAGCCUCUCGGAGCGGGAACGCUUUCCAUGGCACCAGUGGGGCGGCCAAGUCCAUCCUCAAAUUCCCACCCUCACGCCCGAGAACGUCGCGCGGGUACUCCGCCCCCACCAGACCGCCCAAGAGCGGAUCAUCAGCGCGUACGCUGCCCCUCCGUGCUACAACUUCGUCUGGUUGCGCACGUGCUACGACCCGGCGCUCCAGAGACAGUACGACGAGCUGCUCCGCGCCUCGGGCGCCGGGGGUGACUUGGCCAUGGGCCCCGAGUGGGUUCUGGACAACGCGGCGCGGUAUGACUUUGGCUCGGAGCGGAGCGAGAUUGUGGCGCGCCUCGUGCGGCGGAUCCCGUCGCUGUGCGAUCCGUACAGGGCGAGCGUCGAGGAGGAUUACGACGUGUAUCGUGUCGAGGAUCAGGAGAGCGGUCAUGAGAGCGAGCUCGUGAGGGCGUCGAAUCGUGUACGGUUGGGAGUGUGUGUUGUCGAUGAGGAGGCCAUCAGGAAGCAGAUGGUCAAGAUUUUCUGGCUGGGGGAACACGGGCAGUGUCUGUGGCAUAAUGAGGUAGCCCCGGACAUGGUGGAGGCCAUGUCGGGCGUGUUUAAGGGCGGCUUCUCGCUGGAAGAGGGAGUCGAGGGCUUUUUUACCGUGGGAGAGCGAGGAUGA